UCCUCCUCCGCAUGCAUGGCGAGAUCACCAACGUCGGUCAUGAUCUCUUCUUUGCUGCUGCUGCUGUUGAUCGGCCCAGCGAGCAGUGACGAUGCUGCUGCUGCUGCUGCUGCUCGUACCAGUACAGGCGGCGUCGCCGGCGACGAACUCGCGCUGCUCUCUUUCAAGUCAUCCCUGCUACACCAGGGGGGCUUGUCGCUGGCAUCUUGGAACACGUCCGGCCACGGCCAGCACUGCACAUGGGUGGGUGUUGUGUGCGGCCGCCGCCGCCGCCGGCACCCACACAGGGUGGUGAAGCUGCUGCUGCGCUCGUCCAACCUGUCCGGGAUCAUCUCGCCGUCGCUGGGCAACCUGUCCUUCCUCAGGGAGCUGGACCUCAGCGACAACUACCUCUCCGGCGAGAUACCACCGGAGCUCAGCCGUCUCAGCAGGCUUCAGCUGCUGGAGCUGAGCGGUAACUCCAUCCAAGGGAGCAUCCCCGCGGCCAUUGGAGCAUGCACCAAGUUGACAUCGCUAGACCUCAGCCACAACCAACUGCGAGGUAUGAUCCCACGUGAGAUUGGUGCCAGCUUGAAACAUCUCUCGAAUUUGUACCUUCACACCAAUGGUUUAUCAGGAGAGAUUCCAUCUGCUUUGGGCAAUCUCACUAGCCUUCAGUAUUUUGAUUUGAGCUGCAACAGAUUAUCAGGAGCUAUACCUUCAUCGCUAGGGCAGCUCAGCAGCAGUCUAUUGACUAUGAAUUUGCGACAGAACAAUCUAAGUGGGAUGAUCCCCAAUUCUAUCUGGAACCUUUCGUCUCUAAGAGCGUUUAGUGUCAGCGAAAACAAGCUAGGUGGUAUGAUCCCUACAAAUGCAUUCAAAACCCUUCACCUCCUCGAGGUGAUAGAUAUGGGCACUAACCGUUUCUAUGGCAAAAUCCCUGCCUCAGUUGCUAAUGCUUCUCAUCUGACACAGCUUCAGAUUGAUGGCAACUUGUUCAGUGGAAUUAUCACCUCGGGGUUUGGAAGGUUAAGAAAUCUCACAACACUGUAUCUCUGGAGAAAUUUGUUUCAAACUAGAGAACAAGAAGAUUGGGGGUUCAUUUCUGACCUAACAAAUUGCUCCAAAUUACAAACAUUGGACUUGGGAGAAAAUAACCUGGGGGGAGUUCUUCCUAAUUCGUUUUCCAAUCUUUCCACUUCGCUUAGUUUUCUUGCACUUGAUUUGAAUAAGAUCACAGGAAGCAUUCCAAAGGAUAUUGGCAAUCUUAUUGGCUUACAACAUCUCUAUCUCUGCAACAACAAUUUCAGAGGGUCUCUUCCAUCAUCGUUGGGCAGGCUUAGAAACUUAGGCAUUCUAGUCGCCUACGAAAACAACUUGAGCGGUUCGAUCCCAUUGGCCAUAGGAAAUCUUACUGAACUUAAUAUCUUACUGCUCGGCACCAACAAAUUCAGUGGUUGGAUACCAUACACACUCUCAAACCUCACAAACUUGUUGUCAUUAGGCCUUUCAACUAAUAACCUUAGUGGUCCAAUACCCAGUGAAUUAUUCAAUAUUCAAACACUAUCAAUAAUGAUCAAUGUAUCAAAAAAUAACUUGGAGGGAUCAAUACCACAAGAAAUAGGGCAUCUCAAAAAUCUAGUAGAAUUUCAUGCAGAAUCGAAUAGAUUAUCAGGUAAAAUCCCUAACACGCUUGGUGAUUGCCAGCUCUUACGGUAUCUUUAUCUGCAAAAUAAUUUGUUAUCUGGUAGCAUCCCAUCAGCCUUGGGUCAGCUGAAAGGUCUCGAAACUCUUGAUCUCUCAAGCAACAAUUUGUCAGGCCAGAUACCCACAUCCUUAGCAGAUAUUACUAUGCUUCAUUCCUUGAACCUUUCUUUCAACAGCUUUAUGGGGGAAGUGCCAACCAUUGGUGCUUUCGCAGAUGCAUCCGGGAUCUCAAUCCAAGGCAAUGCCAAACUCUGUGGUGGAAUACCUGAUCUACAUCUGCCUCGAUGUUGUCCAUUACUAGAGAAUAGAAAACAUUUCCCAGUUCUACCUAUUUCUGUUUCUCUGGUCGCAGCACUGGCCAUCCUCUCAUCACUCUACUUGCUUAUAACCUGGCACAAGAGAACUAAAAAGGGAGCCCCUUCAAGAACUUCCAUGAAAGGCCACCCAUUGGUCUCUUAUUCGCAGUUGGUAAAAGCAACAGAUGGUUUCGCGCCGACUAAUUUGUUGGGUUCUGGAUCAUUUGGCUCAGUAUACAAAGGAAAGCUUAAUAUCCAAGAUCAUGUUGCAGUGAAGGUACUAAAGCUUGAAAAUCCUAAGGCACUCAAGAGUUUCACUGCCGAAUGUGAAGCACUACGAAAUAUGCGACAUCGAAAUCUUGUCAAGAUAGUUACAAUUUGCUCGAGCAUUGAUAACAGAGGGAACGAUUUCAAAGCAAUUGUGUAUGACUUCAUGCCCAGCGGCAGUCUGGAAGAUUGGAUACACCCUGAAACAAAUGAUCCAGCAGACCAGAGGCACUUGAAUCUGCAUCGAAGAGUGACCAUACUACUUGAUGUUGCCUGUGCAUUGGACUAUCUUCACCGCCAUGGCCCUGAACCUGUUGUACACUGUGAUGUUAAAUCAAGCAAUGUGCUGUUAGAUUCUGAUAUGGUAGCGCAUGUUGGAGAUUUUGGGCUUGCAAGAAUACUUGUUGAUGGGACCUCAUUGAUACAACAGUCAACAAGCUCGAUGGGAUUUAGAGGGACAAUUGGCUAUGCAGCACCAGAGUAUGGCGUCGGGCACAUUGCAUCAACACAUGGAGAUAUUUACAGCUAUGGAAUUCUAGUGCUGGAAAUAGUAACCGGGAAGCGGCCAACUGACAGUACAUUCAGACCCGAUUUGGGCCUCCGUCAGUACGUUGAACUGGGCCUACAUGGCAGAGUGACGGAUGUUGUUGACACGAAGCUCAUUUUGGAUUCUGAGAACUGGCUGAACAGUACAAAUAAUUCUCCAUGUAGAAGAAUCACUGAAUGCAUUGUUUCGCUGCUUAGACUUGGGUUGUCUUGCUCUCAGGUUUUGCCAUUGAGUAGAACGCCAACCGGAGAUAUCAUCGACGAACUGAAUGCCAUCAAACAGAAUCUCUCCGGAUUGUUUCCAGUGUGUGAAGGUGCGAGCCUCGAAUUCUGAUGUUAUGUCUUGUAAUGUUUUAUUGCCACUAGUCUUCAGAUUGGAAUGCUCUUCCGAUCAGACUUCUUCAGUGGUAUCUACCACACGAUCACUAAAGUCAUCGUGGCUAUUUCCUGAUCCAGCA